UGUGAUGUGAUUUAUGCAGCUAUGUCCACUCAGGAGCUCUUUGUUGCUGCAGCUCGUAAAAGUCUGUGCACUGGUAGAAAAUCUCUCUCUGUUCCCCAGAGUCUGGACCUGGCUUCUCAGGUCUCAGCUGUUGAUCUGGGGUUGAAACCCGCUCUGCUGUAUGACAGUAACGGCGCCAGUUCAGAGCAGUUACAGCAGUAUUUGAGCAUGUUGCAGUGCUCCCAGCUUGUGUCUAAAUCACUUCUCACAUUGGAUUUAAAUGGAAACACUCUCAUUGUUAAUCCAGUCGCAGUCAGAUCAAAUAUAGAGCAGGCGUUUCAUGAUAGUGGCGUGGCUGUGAUUGAUGUCUGCCACUCACUGGAGAAGCCCACCAUCACUGACCUGCUCAGAGGGGAGCUGAAGAGCGUGAUAGAAGAUCUACUGCUUCUUCUGAGCAGGUGUGAACUGAAUGAGGCUGAGAAACCUCUUUAUGUUGGAGAGAAAUGUGAAGAUUGGAACCUGUGCACAGUCUUUGGUCUUUUAUUGGGCUACCCCGUCACCUACUGGUUCAAUCAGACCAAAAGCUUUGAAAACUGUCUGUCUAUGACUCCCCUGAUGGUGACUACAGCUGCAGCAACAUGGCAGGCAGAUACCGCUGGUCACAGAUGUUGUCUGUACUCUUUUAGCGUCCCAGCUGUUCUGCUUAAAGAGACACAGUCCAACCUGGAGUACUGGGGGCUUUGUUUACAAGAAAAAUUUCAGCAGCAAAACGUCCUAAAGGAUCUUAGCAUAUGUCAAACCACAGUAACUCUUCCCUCAGUCUGUUUGUGAUGCUAACAUACGUUUGUCUUUACAAUAACCUGAUACAGAAUGUGGAUUUUCUUCACUCCAUUAAAAUUUGUCAAAACA